AUGAUUGAAUUCGAGCUGUACUAUGAAACCUUCCUAGAUAGGUGGAUUUAUACUCUCGAAGCUGAACUUGAACCAGAGGAAGACCUAGGGAAGGAGCCGUAUUAUGAAUCUAAUUCGGAGCUAAGGGACGAGCCAGAGUAUGUACCAGGACCAGAGCUAGAGGCAGAGCACGAGCCAGUGUUCGAGCUAGACCUUGAGCUAGGAGAUGACCAGGAAUUUGAGCCCGAGUCAUGCAUAUCGUCAGACGAUGAAGCCCCUCCAUCUAAACUACGUAGGAUUCAAAAUGAUUGGACAAGUGAAGAUGAAGACUAA